AUGAGAGGCCCCUUAGAAAAGAAAAAGCCCUAUUUUGGGCUGACAGGAGGAUGGCUUACAUUCUGGGUUACAGUCGCCUGUGCAACGGACAUGUCGUUAUUCGGUUAUGACCAGGGCGUCUUCAGUAAGCCAAUAUCAAUCUACCGCGAGAAUGAAAUCCAAUUGACAAUCUUUGAUACAGGCGGCGUGGUGAUCUCCCAGGACUACCUUGAGGUUCAUGGUCUGGUGGGAAAAACAACAAUUAGCUCAACUGUGACGGCUAUUUACGAUGUUGGCUGUUUUUUUGGAGCCAUUAUUGCCUUUACUAUUGGAGAGGCAUUAGGGCGCAAGAAGUCUAUCAUGAUUGGUACUACUGUCAUGGCCGUGGGCACUAUACUGCAGGCAAGCUCGUUCAGCUUGCCACAGAUGUUUGUUGGACGAAUCGUGUCGGGACUCGGCAACGGAAUCAAUACAGCCACGGCACCAAUUUGGCAAACAGAGACAUCCCAAUUGAAGUGGCGUGGAAAACUCGUUACUUUCGAAAUGAUGAUGAACAUUGCAGGCUACUGCCUCGUCAACUGGAUCAACUACGGGUUUUCGUUCGUUGGUGGACCGGUAGCAUGGCGAUUCCCUCUUGCCUUCCAGUUUGUGUUUCUCUUCGUUCUCUGGUUUACUACCCCCUGGCUUCCAGAGUCCCCUAGGUGGCUUAUCGCUCAUGGAAGAGAGGAAGAAGCGAUUGAGGUGCUGAGUUGCUUGGAGGCGAAGCCCAAAAAUGAUCCAUUCGUCGUCUCGCAGUGCCGAGAAAUCAGUUUCAGCGUCCGGUAUGAGCGCGAAAAUGGCGUGCGAUGGAGAGAUAUUUUCAAGAAGAGAGAAAAUGAUACCAAACCCCUUCGACGAUUGGUUCUUGGUGCUGGGAGUCAGUUCAUGCAGCAGUUCGGUGGCAUCAACAUCAUGUCCUAUUAUUUUCCUACCGUGUUGACCAAUUCCGUCGGCCUUUCCGACGAGCUAGCACGUCUCUUGACGGCAUGUAACGGUGUAUCAUACUUGAUGUUUUCCGGAAUUGCGGUGUUGUUGAUUGAGCGAGUCGGUCGACGCGGCUUGAUGAUAGCCUCCACGUUCAGCCAAUUUGCAUGCUUUUUGGUAAUUACCAUCUUGCUUCGCUACUCUGAGGCAAGUGACCAAGGAAAAGAAUAUGCAUCGGCAUCAGUAGCGUUCUUCUUCCUUUAUUUUGGCUCGUUUGGCAUUGGAAUGCUUGGAAUUCCAUGGCUAUAUCCGACCGAGAUCAACUCCCUGCCGAUGCGGACGAAAGGAGCUGCUGUUGCAACGGCUACGGACUGGAUCACAAACUUUGCCGUUGUUGAAGUUACCCCAAUUGGAAUUGAUAACCUGGGCUGGAAAUUCUGGGUCGUAUGGACUGUAACCAAUGCUGUCUUCCUGCCCAUUCUGUACCUUUUCUACCCUGAGACCGCCAACCGAAGUCUUGAAGAUAUGGACGCAUACUACAGAUCCAAUCCUUCAUUGAUUGUCGUUAAUGAUUCUGAUGCUAUUUCUCGGAAGCGGCCAGCAAAGUAUGUUGUGCAUGAAGCGGAGGUCGUGGAGAAGACGGCUGCAGGCAAGAAUUAUGCGUCUGAUGGGACAGUGGAUCACAUUGAGAGAACUAGUCAGGAAGAGACGGACUUCUAA